UGCGCUCUCCUCGAGAUAAAUGCGAGCGGUACAAUUGGAGGAGGCGAGUACGAGACUGUCCUUUCGUGUUUCCAGCAGGGGACGGUCAGCAGUCUCGGCUUUUUAAUUAGACAAAAAUAAGAGAAAACAGCUUUAAAAGAACACCGCUUCACCCGGAGCAAAGAGGCGUUGUUGUGGAGCUAACAUGUCGGGGAGUAAAGACAGUGACGGCGGAUGGAGGAAUUUUAUUUGGAACUCCGAGAAGAAAGAGUUUUUAGGACGAACGGGAGGCAGUUGGUUUAAAAUCACCCUCUUCUAUGUGAUAUUCUAUGGAUGCUUGGCUGGAAUUUUCAUUGGGACCAUUCAAGCCAUGCUGCUGACCCUGAGCGACUACAAACCCACUUACCAGGACCGAGUUGCCCCCCCAGGUCUGUCACACACACCCCGCUCAGACAAAUCAGAAAUCUCUUUCACAAAGUCCAACCCAGCUACUUACCAGAAGUACGUUGACAGCAUGCAUAGCCUACUACAAAAGUACAACGACACUCUUCAGACUGAGGAGUUGAAAUUUGAGGAUUGUGGAGAAACUCCACAGGACUACAUAAACCGUGGUAGUCUGGAUGAUACUGAAGGGUUGAAAAACGCCUGCCGUUUCCUCAGAUCAUGGCUGGGAAGUUGCUCUGGUAUUACUGACAAAAGUUUUGGCUUUGAGGAGGGAAAGCCAUGCCUUAUCGUCAAACUCAACCGGAUUGUCAACUUCAAACCAAAGGUUCCCUCCAACGACACACUCCCAGAAGCUCUGAAGGGCAAAUCCGUUAAAUACCUGAUCCCCAUUCACUGCAAAAAUAAGAGAGAGGAAGAUGAAGGCAAGAUUGGGGAGAUCAAGUAUUUUGGCAUCAACGAAGGCUUUCCCCUGCAGUAUUACCCGUACUACGGCAAACGGCUGCACAGCCAGUACCUGCAGCCUCUGGUUGCUAUUCAGUUCACCAACCUCACCACGAAUGAGGAGCUCCGCAUCGAGUGUAGAGUAUAUGGGGACAACAUAGAAAUAGGUGAAAAAGACCGUUACCAGGGACGCUUUGACGUUAAGUUCACAGUGAAUUCAUGACCUUGGCCAUGGUGUGUGGUUUCCGUCUGGAAACAAACUAAAUGUAGAGAAUUUAUGAGUUCAAAUAAAACACCACUAGUCUCUGAGCUUUCAUUAUAGACAGGACCUACACUUAAUCUGUGUGCUUUACACUCGCUCUUCUGUGUUUUUGUCCAGAGUUAGAAUGUAAAAUACAAGAAGUAGCAAUAGCAAAUAUUUAUUCUACUGUAAGUAUAAUAUUCCAGGAGCCAUGGGAUGUUCAUCUAAUACUGUAAAACUGCAGUUUCACUACUGAUGUGUAGCGCCUCGCUUCUGUCCCCAUGGUCUUUUAUCCCCACGUGGUUUCUAUAGAUUUCUGCAAUGCCCAGAGUUGUAGUCUCGUCCUGUUAUCUUUGUCUUAUGUCAGCUUUAGUGGUCCAAGGUGUGUGUGUGCGCGUGCACACUCGUGUCUGUGCAGGCAUGUUAUUGUAUGUGAGUAUGGAGUGUUUGUCAAUGUGCUCUGACUAACUGAAGUACUGGCAUGGUACUCUGACCCAUGUAGGAGUAAAGAACCACGCUCCAUCUUUUUGUUUGUGCCUUUCUACAUUCAGGUUGGCUGUAGAAAGAUCCAUUUGUACACGUUUACUUUGCUAAUAGAUAGUUUGACAUUUCUGUUUGAUACUUGUUCAUUUUUAAUCAUUUUUAAUUCGUAGUGUAAAGCUUUGUGGGUCCAGCCUAAGAAGACUGUCACCUCCAUGGAAACAGUGGCAUCUCAGUGCUUUGAAAUCUGUUUUGCUGGAGACGUCACUUCGUGUGAUGCAACUAUUGAAUGUUUUAGCCAUUUUCAUAGUUGAAGAGUUUUAUAUUUAUGCAGUUGUACAUUUUUUUUCAAAGUGUAAUGUAUAUGAUAAUACCAAAGUCGCUGGUUAAAACCAUCAGGCAGUGCAGUAGUAAUACGAUGUUUAGUUUGUGUGCAAACAAAAUCUUAAUACAACGUUGGAAAUCAAAACACCUGUCGAGAGUCUGCUCUUGUCUCUUUAUUUAGUCUGCAAGAGGUUGAAACAAUAAACAGAAGAAUAAACAAA